AUGGGCAUAGUCUAACUCCAGUAAAUAAAGUAAAAAAUGUGGUAACGCGUGUUUCAGUAGAGGUUUGCAGUUGGUAAGUAAUGACACGCAGACACAGUCUGGAUUUCUCCAGACGCAAACCCUAGGAAAGAAGAAGGAAUUGGAUGCAUGCAAAUCCAAUCACAGUAUCGAACAUGGCAAAUCUUCCGGUGGAAGUUGUCACCGAAAUCCUGUCCCGUCUACCGGUGAAGUCGGUUAUCCGGCUGCGGUCCACCUGCAAGUGGUGGCGGUCCAUCAUCGACAGCAGGCACUUCAUCCUCUUCCACCUCAACAAAUCCCACACCAGUCUCAUUCUCCGGCACCGCUCCCAGCUCUACUCCUUGGACCUCAAAUCCCUCCUCGACCCCAACCCCUUUGAACUUAGCCACCCCCUGAUGUGCUACAGCAACAGCAUCAAGGUCCUCGGCUCCUCCAAUGGCCUCCUCUGCAUCUCCAAUGUCGCCGACGACAUCGCCCUCUGGAACCCUUUCCUCCGCAAGCACCGUAUUCUCCCCUCCGACCGCUUUCACCGCCCCGAAUCCUCCCUCUUCGCCGCCCGCGUCUACGGCUUCGGCCACCACCCCCCCUCCAAUGACUACAAGCUCCUCAGCAUUACCUACUUCGUCGAUCUCCACAAACGCACCUUCGAUUCCCAGGUCCAGCUCUACACCCUCAAAUCCGACUCCUGGAAGAAUCUCCCCUCCAUGCCCUACGCUCUCUGCUGCGCUCGCACCAUGGGCGUCUUCGUCUCCGGCUCCCUCCACUGGCUCGUCACCCGAAAACUCCAACCUGACGAGCCCGAUCUCAUCGUCGCCUUCGACCUCACAAGCGAGACCUUCUGUGAAGUGCCGCUCCCUGCAACCGUUAACGGAAAUUUCGACAUGCAGGUGGCUUUAUUAGGUGGCUGUCUCUGCGUCGUGGAGCAUAGGGGAACUGGAUUUCAUGUCUGGGUCAUGAGAGUGUACGGAUCUAGAGAUUCUUGGGAGAAGCUUUUUUCAUUAACAGAGAACCACCACCAUGAGAUGGGAUCGGGAAAAUUGAAAUAUGUGAGGCCUUUGGCUUUGGAUGAUGGGGACAGGGUUUUGUUCGAACACAACCGUAGCAAGCUCUGUUGGUAUGACCUCAAAACUGGUGAUGUGAGUUGCGUUAAAUUACCUUCUGGAAUUGGAAACACAAUUGAAGGAACGGUUUGUGUACAAAGCCUGGUCCCGCCAACUUUACUGAGCCUGCGUGAUGAGAGCCAGGAGAAAAAUAGGAAGAAAAGGGAUGACUUCCUCUCUAAGGGGUUCAAAUUGACAUUGUAAGCGGGAAAAAUAUGAAGAGGAAAUGGAUUGAAGGGGAACCAAAGUGCUAUAGUUCACAAUUUUCAAUACCAAGAAAUCGAUGAUAAAAUGGAUCUCGGGUAGAUGUUGCUUUUGAUUCCUUUCCUUACAUUGGAAGCUGUUCAUCCCAACAAGGAGAAAAUUAAUGCGCCAUCUCCCGUUUUGUUUGUAAUAAAUUUGUGUUUAUAUUUUAUACUCCUACGCUGCUAGAUACUUGAUGAGUUCAUUGCCCCAUCGGGUGGGUUUAUGCAUCUAUGUAUUUAUUGGUUGUAGCCACCCUUAUACGGGCCGAUGGAAUAGGCGAAUCUCAUACAGCUUUACAUGAAUGGUUAUCUGUUAGAAGAAAGUAAGUUUUGUUCGCUUGAUUGAUAAAUGAUUCGGAACACUGGGAUUAGAAUGCUUUGUAACAAGUCAAUGAUACCGUUUUUCAUACUGAAAA